AUGGGGAAACCACGGUUGAUCAUACUCAUUCGACAUGCUCAAUCCGAGGGCAACAAGAACCGAGAAAUACAUCAGAUGAUACCCGAUCACAGAGUCAAGCUUACCGAUGAAGGCCGACGACAGGCAGAAGAAGCCGGACGACGACUACGAAAACUCUUAAAACCAGAUGAUACGCUUCAGAUCUUCACGUCGCCCUACCGACGGACGCGUGAAACGACUGAGGGGAUUCUAAAGACCCUCACAGCGCGCGACGACCCGGACGAUCCGUCGGCUGCCCCGAGUCCGUUCAGUCGCUCCAAGAUCAAGGUCUACGAGGAGCCCAGGAUUCGCGAGCAAGAUUUUGGCAAUUUUCAACCGUGUUCUUCCGAGAUGGAAAGAAUGUGGUCCGAGCGUGCAGAUUAUGGGCACUUCUUUUACCGAAUUCCCAACGGUGAGAGUGCUGCCGAUGCUUAUGAUCGCAUUGCAGGUUUCAACGAGAGCCUAUGGAGGCAGUUCGGCGACGCCAAAUUUCCCAGCGUUUGUGUGCUGGUCACGCAUGGGUUGAUGACUCGAGUCUUUUUGAUGAAGUGGUAUCACUGGUCUGUCGAAUACUUUGAGGACUUGCGGAACAUAAAUCACUGCGAGUUCAUUGUGAUGGAAAAGAAUCCCGACAAUGGAAAGUACAAUCUAAACAGCCAAUUGCGGACCUGGUCAGAACUAAAGCAACAACGAGAAACGGAAGAGGAGCAAGCAGAUCCGCAGCGCCAUCGAACCUUAUCGCAUUUUCUGACCGAGCCGGUGAAGAGCCCAACUUUACCUAGUCGUCAAUGGGGAGGGUGCGCCGAGGGCUGCAAUCACGAUGAUGAGCUCUAUCCACGACGCGCAGCGCAAAGAAAACAACAAGUUCAGCAGGAUCUACAGCUACCAACCGGGACCAUUGCCAAAGAUUCCAGUGGUAGCGGACUGGACAGCGUAUCGACGAAGAGCACAAGUCAGGCACAAUCUAACUUGACCGCAGAACCUUUACCGUACGAUCAGAAUGUUAAUGUUGGAACACCACACGAGCGAAGCGAGGAUGAAGCCCAUGGCUACUUUGCAACGACUCGUGGACGAAGCCUUGCCGUUGCAGUCAGUAAGCAUCCCGCUAGAAAAGCAACACCCGAAGAUGUGGAACGUUGGGCAUCCGAGAGCGGUAUGAACAAGGGUCAAAAGGCCGACGUACUAGGCGAUGAGCCAAAUCCGGAGGACAGUCAUGAGGAUGAGGAACUAGCAAGAGAGCAACCGAGUCACGUUGUGCGGGAGAACUUGGAACAGGCAGAGACAGAGGACCGUAGUCUGCGAGGUAGUGUCUAUUAAUUUCGUACUUGAUUAGAAUCAUGUUUGAUCAUUCGCUGGUAACACCGACAGCGGUGAAUGGUGCAUUAU